UCAGCCCCACCCCCUGGACGCGGUAGCUGUCAGGCUUGAGGAGCUCGCGCAGCAGUAAUGGCUUCUUGGAGGUUUCUCCAGCUUUUCCGUCGCUCUGUUCCCCUGGCUGCGGCUUAUCCCAGGACCGUGUACCUGAGCAGACCAUGCGUUAGAGCAAUGAGCGCUGGGGGUAUCCCCUCAGAUGAGGAACAAGCUACGGGCCUGGAAAAAAAAAUCCUGAGUGCCUUAAAGAAGGGAGAGGAUCCUUACAACAUUCGCAAGCCAAAGUCCUAUGCUGGAACCAAAGAUAAUCCACACAUUGUACCAUCAGUCAACAAACAGAGAAUUGUGGGCUGCAUAUGUGAAGAAGACAAUUCUCAAGUUAUUUGGUUCUGGGUUCAUGAUGGGCAGGUGAACCGCUGCCCACAAUGUGGCUCUCACUACAAGCUUGUUCCCUAUGAGCUUCCACACUGAAGAGGAUGUGAAUGGCCUGCACUUACCACAUAUAACUAUACCAAAGAUUGUUUUAUUAAAUACUUGACCUAUUGAUUGUCCUUUGUGAAAAUCCAACACUAAAGCAAAUAAAACAGAGCUACACUGUUAUUCGCAAA